AUGGGGUUGACUGUAGGAGAAGCGAUCUGGGCUUCAGUGAAGCCUAUUAUUAAGAUUUAUAUGAUUAUAGCGACUGGGUUUGGUUUGGCUAAGGGGAAUAUCCUUACCGUCGCAGCAACCCGGACAUGCUCAGAUAUCGUUCUAACGGUCUUACUACCGUCGCUAUCAUUUAACAAAAUCGUUUCAAGUAUUGAUUAUAGGGAUGCCAAGGAUGUCGGUAUCAUUUGUUUGACGGCAGUCAUGAUAUUUGGUACAGGGCUUUUCUUUGCAUUUGUAGUUAGGAAAGUGCUUCCCGUACCGAAAAAAUGGCGUGGUGGUAUAUUAGCCGGUGGGACAUUCCCAAAUAUCAGUGAUUUACCAAUCGCUAUAUUACAAACUAUGGAUCAAGGUCUUCUUUUCACAGAAGAAGAAGCAGAUAAGGGUAUUGCUUCUGUGAUUAUUUUCUUGGCCAUGUUUAUGAUUUGCAUCUUCAACUUAGGAGGCUUUAGACUUAUAGAAAUGGAUUUCGAGUACGCGGAUGAGGAGAAUGCCUCUAUUCAGACACCACUCGAACCACCUGCGCAAUCUAAUGCAUCUCAGUUUCAUCUUCAAACUGAUUCACAAUCAUUCUGUUCAAAAGAAAACGAUCGUGCUGUAAAUUCCAUCAAUUCUCAGGAAGCUGUUACUUCUCCAAUACAGCUUGCUGAGGAUAAUGUAAUUUCAAGGCGCCUUACUAAUGCAACGGCGGCCAGUGCCCAGUCUCUCAGUUCAUCGCUAAGGUCGAUUGACCUAAGAUCUAUGCCUCCGGAAAAUGUUCACGAUUUAAUAAAAGAAUACUCUAAUGUAGACCAAUACGGAGCUCGCAGAAAUUCUGUUACAUCCACCAUAAAACCCGAAACCGAGGAUUCAGGUCAGGUCCCUCUUAGAAAAGAGUUCACAACUUUGAAGAGAAUUGUCACAUCAGAUGCUACCGUAACUGGCCAAGAUAUCAAAGAAUCAGCUAACAUUUUACCCUCGAGAGUCAGAAAUAUUCCUGGUAUGAGUGUACUGCUUUUCUUCCUCAAGAACUUUUUAAGACCGUGUUCGAUGGCUGUUUUCCUAGCAUUACUUAUUGCAUUCAUUCCUUGGCUUAAGGCUCUGUUCGUUACUACCUCCAAUGGACCGUACAUUCAUCCAGCACCAGACGGUCAGCCGGCUCUGAAUUUCAUUAUGGAUUAUACAGGAUACUUAGGAAAUGCAUCAGUGCCUUUUGGAUUGAUGCUUUUGGGAGCAACAUUAGGCAGACUUAAGAUCAAAAAGCUAUAUCCAGGAUUCUGGAAAUCCGCUGCAAUUUUAGUGGUCCUAAGAUUGUGUAUCAUGCCGAUAUUUGGGGUUCUAUGGUGUGAUAGGCUAGUAAAAGCAGGUUGGUUAAAUUGGCAGGACGAUUCAAUGUUGUUGCUGGUUAUUGUUAUCGAUUGGGGUUUACCAACAAUGACUACAAUCAUAUUUUUUACAGCCAGUUUCACACCACCAGAUUCGGAAGACACUACCCAAAUGGAUUGUGUAGCCUUUUUUUUGAUUUUGCAAUACCCUGUGCUGAUAAUAAGUCUGCCAUUCCUGGUAACGUACUUCUUGCUAGUGCAAAUGAAAGUGUAA